AUGCACCUACAAAGUUCUAUACUGCUUGCUGUUUCACUUUUACCAUUAGCCGAAUCUUUGCAAUGCUAUGGAUUUUCGAAAUAUGAUUAUGAAGGACGAGUUCAAGAUACCGGCAAGUCGCAAAUAAUGUGCCCGGGAUCAUACUGCAUGACCAUAUCGGAGGAAGGUAGUGAUUUCACAGUUUACAAUGGAACGUGUCCAGACCCAUCUGCUUCUAUAACAAACUGUGAGAAUAAUGGGGUCGGUUGUCAAAAAGAGAAGAUCAGUGGAGUCCAUGUGAAAGUUUGUUGUUGCAAUACUGAAUUAUGUAAUUCUUCAACCGUCACUUCAUUACAUGUUUAUUCGUUUUUUAUUCUCUUAAUUUUGUAUUAUUUGGAGAUGAAAUAA